UUGCACACCGUUUAACUGGGCACAGCUCAUAACAAAGGCACACAUCGCUUGUAGGAAACGGUCGGCCAUUUAUCAGAUUAACGGCACUGUAUGCGGUCUCUAUACCCUGUUUACACAAUCCAUAACGAAGUGGCGGCUCGCUUUGUGGUGAGAUUGUAGAAACUGGACGAUCGAAAGCUGCAGUUUCACCAUGUCUAUGAAUUACGUCGGAAGUAUCUCAAUUCUGGAUCGAGGCGAUGGACCGGCUCAAGCCAUCAUUGACAAAAAUAAACGCUCUGUGGCCCAGCGUCUCGCUGACGAAACUAAAGAUGAGCUGGAGAAGGUCAUGCACCGCGUGGAGGACAUUUACGUGUCUUAUGAACAGAGCACGCAGGACAUGUUCCUUACCCAUGGAGCUAAUGUGGAAUACAUUGAAGAUAUCAAAGAGUUAGAGGAAAUUUUGACAGAUGAACUGAAGAAAAAAAAGUAUGAGCAGAAAGUGACGGUGUUUAUUGUUGGGUUUGAAAAUAUGUCCAAUCAGAGGCUUCGCCUCAUCCAACAAGUCAACGAGUUCUUUAUGGAUGCAACGAAGCCCGCUGAAGAAGAGCCCCUAUUUUCCCCCUCUCCUGACAUCAACAUUGAGGAGAUCGGACACAGUAUCGAGGAGACGCUCGACUCAGCCGAUAGACUCACAGACAGACUCGGUGAGCUUAACUCACAGAUGGUGGACUGGCUCACAAACUUUGCCAUCAAUAAAGCCUCCACAAAGGGGAAGAAGAAAAUGGAGAAGGCUCUAGACAAGGCCAAGGAUGACCUGUCUGGACUGAGCGAGAAAUUACUGAAAUUACAAUCAGAAAUGGAAGUGAAAGAAGAGAAGGUGCAACAGUUGCUGAAACAGUUGGAGAUCAAAACAAGUGACACCCAGAAAUACCGGACAGCGGCCGAGGCGGCCAAGAAAUCCAUCCAAGAGUUUGAAGAGACGACCUUGAGGAAUAAGGAGGCCAUGCAGAAGAAGGACAAGGAGAUCCGAGAAUUGAACAGUAAGCUCUCUAUGUUGGAGCUCGAGGUCGGACAGUCCGACUACGUAUCCAAAAUGUCCUCCGAACGAAACCAGGAGAAAAAUGGCGAGCUCAAGCCAGAGGAUCUUAAGAAAAAGCUAGCGGAACUUCAGGACCUGGUGGAUAACAGCAAAGCCAGCUUCUUUGAGGCGCAGAGAGACUGGCAGAAGCUACAUGACCAGCAGGUGACAGCUCUCUCCAACGCUCACAAAGAGGAGAUGGCGGAACUGAAGGCAGGGUUUGAAGAGGAGCUGAAGAAAUACAAGGAUGAAAUCACCGAAGCGGAAAGCAGGGUAUAUGAGGCGGAAAAAGCGGCAAUCCUUGCCGCUAGCCAGGCAGAUAAACUCCGGCAAAAUCUGGUCGAGCUUCAGCUCCGCGGUACGUCAGCAGAAUCCAAGGUCGUCACAGAACCAGAUAGUCAGGAGGAUGACGCCUCACAACAGGGUCCAUCUACAACCAAAACAGUGAGGGAGAGUCGUCCAAGCACAAAGUCCAGUAAACAGUCCGCUGUCCCCCCACCUAAACAGAAGUCACCGGUCAAACCCCCAACCACCAUCAAUAAGUCACCGGGCAAGGUCAAAGAAACUGCUGAGUCGUCGAUUCAAGAUGAAGGUGGUGAUCACUCCUCUGCCCAUGUGGAGACACGACAAUCCAAGAGGAACAAGUCCUCACUGGAUCCGGUCCCGGAGACCGACGCCAAUGUACAGUUUGACAACAAGUUUGAAUUGGCUGACGAAAGCUCAUGGGGCUCAGUUCCAAAAGAUCAGAUUCCUGGGAGAUUUGCACAGUACAGACAGCUAAGUCAACAAAGAAUAUCAGAACUAGAAGAACAACUGACCUUGACCUUAGCAAAGACCCAGAGAAAGGUCAACACUUUGAAGUCACAGUUCCAGGAACACAAGUCCAAAUGGGAGGCGGAGAGGAAUGUUCUGAUAGAACAAGUGGAGCAGGCCCAGAAACUCCAGACCGAGGCCGAGAAAGAAGCAGACGACGCCAUGACACAGCUGGAGGAGUUCAUCAACGAACAGGAGAAACUGGAAGAGGAAGAAGAGGGAAAAAGAACGGUCAUCACACGCAAGAUCAGUCAGCCCCUCCCCAAAGUCGUGACCCCACCCCCUAAACAGGUGUCCCCGCCCCCACAGGUGGUCACCGAGGGAACGGAGCAGGAGCUGUCCAAUCUGAUGCAGCAGACGGAUGAUGCCAAGUCCCAGAGACAAAAAUCUGGAUCAUCUAGCCACAUCUCAUCCGCGGAUCUGGAGGGUGACAUUGCUCCCUGGCUGCUGUCCAGAGGAAAGUCCAGGAAAACUCGACUCGAGUCUGCUGCGAGCUCACAGUCGGAAGAAGAGGUGGAGGAGUACAAGCGAAGAUCCUCCCUCUCCAAAUCCAGCUUCCACAGUAAAUCAGAGAAAAUUGUAUCUGAGCUAUCCAAGUUGACGGAUCCGAAUGAAUCGGAUGAAGAUAGGGCCUUGGAGAGUGAUAGCGAGCCGUUUUCCAGAAGGAUGACUCAGUCUCGAAAAUCUUUGAAAUCUAGGAGGACAUCUCAGGGUGAGUCUAGGAUGAGAUCUUCCAGAGGAAGUUUACAGCUUGAAGGUGCAGAAAGUGAGAUUAGCCAGUUUCAAGAUGAUGGGAAAAUUUCAGGACGAGGUAAAAGCCAGUUGUCAAACCGAGACAAAAGUCAGAUGUCAGCUCGAGAUAAAAGUCAGUUGUCAGCACGAGAUCCCAGUCAGCUGUCAACUCGAGACAAGAGUCGAGUGUCAGAGAGAGGUAAAAGCAAGAUGUCCUCACGUGACAAAAGCUUGUUGUCUGAAGCAGAAGGAGGGGUGCCCAGUCAGCAGGACACAUCAUCUCAGGAUGAGGCUGAGCAUGAUCCUAUCUCAAAAGCACCCUCCAGGAGGAGUUCCCAUAGCAACAUCAAUCUCAAAGAAUCUCGCCAGAGCACCAAGCACAGCCUGAGAAAAUCUCACCUCUCGGACAAAUCUCGGGUCUCAGACAAGCAAUCUAGACAGAGCACUCACUUCAGCUUCAGGCCAAAUGUGGAUGAUGGUUCUGAGGAAGAUGGUGAGAUCGAAGAGGAGAUUAAUCAAGACUCGAGGGUAACUCGAAAUCAUAGCAAAGUAACAUCAAGAAAAACAACCAUGUCUGCCCGGUCAGAAGAAGAGAUGAUGGGAUUGGUAGGAGAUGAGGACUAUGAGGAUGAUUUUGAGGAGAAUGAGGACCAGGGAAGAAGAGGUCCUGGUUUUGAGUUUGAAGACAAGAUGGCCUCCAGGGCCAGGUCUCUUCCCAUUGGUCAGCAUUUAUUGGAGGACGUUGACAUAUCGCGCAAUGUGGACAGUGCGCCAGACAAGAUGAGGAGAAGAGGAAGUGUUAGAGAGGGAAGGCGGAACUCUGAGGCGGAGGCGAGGAUAACAUCUGGAGCGAUGUCGGCACCACCGGCCGUGGAACCAGAGGAAUCGCCGCAACCAAAGAAAGAGGAAAUCAGAAAGUUGUCGGGAGUCCGGAGCCCGUUAGGAUCACCCCGCCCCCAGGACUCGGGAACUCACCCCCACAAAACUCACUCUCAGCACAAGUAUGCCCUACCCAUCCAGGAAAUCUCGGAGGCUAGCAGCCAUGAGUCGGGGCGAUCUCGUCAUGGCUCGGUGCACACGCCAGAAUCGGGUCACAAGGACGCCUGGUUGACCCCAAGAGUGACUCCUGCGCAAGGUCGAGUUAUUCUUAGCACCACCCCCAGGGAGGGAGUGAUGCGGGAUCUCCCACCUUCCCAGGAGUCCGCAGUGGACAACGUCAAGACAAUGUUGGAGGAAGAAAACCUGUCGUCUAUGCAGCAGCGAACACUCGAGUCCGUCAGGAGUGCCCUGCAAAAGAUCAGCGAUGACCCAGUUUUAACGGACGUUCAGUUAGAGAGAACACUCACAAUUAUCUCCCUUGCGAGUCAGCUGACUGAAGAGUCCCUACAGCUUGGCGUUCUGCCAGACACCAUGUUUGAGCAGUUCGCCGACAUCAACUCGCGAGCUAUGUCUGAUCUCGGAAUUAGCGAGGACGACUUCCGAGUCUCUGAGACACCUAACCCACCCAUGGAGCUGUUGAGACCUUUGACUCGAGAUUCUUUGAACACAAGAGAUGAGCCCUCCUCUAUGAUGACGUUCCUACAGGAGUUGUCCUACACCUCGCUCCACCCCCUCCCCCCUCUCCAUGGAUACCUAGGCUCCUCCCAAUCACAGCGCCUCCACCCACAUCGCAGCGGGCUCUCGACCCGCGGCAGUCAGAAGGGCAUCAGGCGUGACAUGACCUUUGCUACCAUGGCAACCGGAGGCAGUUCCAUCAGGGAUACUUUCACAGCUUCAUCCAAGGAUUCCAUGAGGUUUAUUUUGGGCGGUGGGAAGGCGACGGAUUCGAUGAUCGCACGUCACGGCGGAGCAGACACAGAACUUGACAUACUUAUGAUGGACAGUGAGGUAUCCUUGCGACGAGGAAUGUGUGAUGCCCAGACCCAGACUGACCCAGAGUUUGGUACGGAACUGACAGAGGAUGAACUCAGAAUGACCUCCGCCCAGAGUCGCGCCUCACUGCGGUACCAGUUUAAGAAUCGUCUGGAAGAAUCUCGUAAUGCGGCAGAGGAACGUCGCUCUAAGUCCCCUGUAAUCUCUGUCCCUUCCCAGAGGUCCAUUGACGACCAACUAAUUGAAGAUGAUGACUUCCCAAUUCCUGAUGACAUCAAAGAAGAAGUAGAGAUGGAGGACCGCGGUACAUCCCCUCCCCCCGACCUGAGGAGACAAAGCACUGCCAUGUCACGGAAACUGGUGGAUCACCCAGUGGUGGGGGAGUACCUUAAGGCUUAUGAAGGAGUGCUUAGCUUUAAGGAGAACCUCUCUAGGAUCAUGCAGGAUAGGGAGUUCCUCCAGGCUAGUGAGCUUCUACAGGAACUGGACUCGGUGACCUUUGACAUGAACUCCAAAGUUCAGCCUCAACUUGAGAGCAUGACCAAAAACAUUUACUACACUCUGGAGGAGAUAAUGAGUGUACUCGGCAGCAUGCUGUACAUCGAGCGUGAGCCUUUAGUCUCCUCACUCAAUGGAAUGCUCGUCUCCAGGGACCAGACUCGGAACACAUUGCAGAACCGGGAGCGAUCAGCAGACUCGGGGCGGGGACAGACCGCCACCAGGGGGAGCAACCAGUCUUUCUCUACGCGCGUCCCUCAGAGUGCCUCAUCCGAGAAUCUGGCGUUCAAAGAGCUGCAGCAAAACUACGAGAAACUGCAGCAACAGUUGAAUGAGGAGUCGAGGAAGCACGAGGAGCAGAUGAGACACAACACCGUGGUGAUGAUGGAGAUGCAGGACACGAUCAACGAGUUACAGCGGGAGUUAACUGCCCUUGGUAAAGCCUCCAGUCGAUCAAGACCUCCGUCUGAAGGAGUGGGGCAACAGCAAACCCCAGAGUCAGCCAUUAUGUUUACAAGGCUGGACUCAGAGAGGAAUGCCAAAAUUAUGAAGCGAGCUGUCAACGACGAGAGAUUGGAUACAAACAAAUACAAGGAUGCGGUGACAACAAUGGAUGAAUACGUCAGUCUGCCGGCCAAAAGACUAGGUCACCUGGUCAGGAAGUAUGUCCAUCACAGCAGGAUGAAGGAUAUUGAAGAAAAUGUUAAGAAGAGCAAAAGUCUGGAUGAAAAUGUGUUUGAAAUUCUGGACAAAAUGGAGGCUCUACAGAACAAACGGGCUAAGCGCUGGGCGGACAAGAUGGACGACAUGGGCUCCGAGAGGAUGCGACUCGCUAACCUCCUGAUGGAAACUCUGGACUCCAUAGAACAGGAGUCGGGGAUAUUCCUCAUCAAACCCAUGUACUCUUACAGAGGGAGUCCUUUAGAUGCAGAUUACACCCAGCUGCUGGAGGAGAUAAAGGAGCGGUAUGCGGGGAAGCUUACCCGGCCCACACGACCCCACCACCGGACCGUGUCUCCGUCCCGGGAGAUGAGCUCCUUUGCCCCCGCCCCCACCCCCGCCUCUAACAUCCGAGGAAUCACCAGACAGCUACACCAGAAUUUGGACCCCCCUCAGCAGCCACUGUUCAGGAGGGAGAUUCCCCGCCCCUUGGAAGGAGAUGAGACCGGGCUGAUGGGAUCUUCCGCUCUGAACUAUAACACCGCCGUACAACGACAGACAUGGAAUAUGAGUACAUCGCUUGUCAGGGGUGAUCCCUCUGAUCCAAUGAACUCCAUGAACACACCACGCAUCCUAGAGCUGGAUAUAAACAGGAUGCUGAUUGGUCAGAACACGAUCAGUACAAAGUAUGGAUCCCCUGGCCUGACGGACGACCGGCUAAUCAAUGCCUCACAGAACAACCUCAGGUCUUAUGUCACCGUCAACCGACCCACCAACACAAAUAGGCCAAGGUCAUUCACAGGUUCUAAAGACGUGCCGACUACCACCCCAGUAUCUCAAGCCGUGACCAACAGUGCUGGGAACAAGCGAGUCCGACUCAGUGACUCUGAGAUGUCGACUCGGCGGUCCAUGUCCAACACCCCCCCUCUACCUCCAAUCUCUGGUCAGGACGUCACAGAGCAGGGGCCAUUCAAAGAACCCCCUAGGAGCCCCCCUGGGUCAUCCCUGAGAGGAUCCCCCACCCCCCAGCCUCACGUCAGAGAGAUGAUCUCUCCACUGAAGUAGAACGAUAAUUAGCAUAUCAUGAAUAAACAUUAAUGUAAAUCAGUUAGGGUGUGUGUUUAAAUGAACCAGGGCAUAUUAUGUAAAAACAUUUUUUUUUAAUAAUAAAAAGGAUUUUGAUAUUUUUAAAAAUAAUAUUGUGUAUUUUUAUAAAUACAAAUAAAAUUAUAUGUGUAUUCAAUGUUUAAAUUUUUUUUUUUUAUUAUUCACGCUCAUUUUAACAUCUUUUGGGUGUAUUCUUCGAUAAUGCAGUUUUUGAUAAAAAAAAUUUCUUUUGAUAAGAUAUGCCUAUAUAGUAGUAGGGGGGAUUUUUACAACAUUUGGGUGUUGACCUUUGACCUUUGAGGUCAUUGGUCAAAGGUGAAAUUAGUUUGAUCUAUGUACAGCAGUAUGAUGAUAUCCAGAGAAUGUUUGCAAGAUUGAUAUUUUCUUAGUGCUUUUUGUAUUAUUAUUAAGACGUCUAUAAGCGAAUUUUGAGGAAGAAAAAUGAUUUGUUUCUCUCGAAAAACAUUAGAACAAGCAUGUUUUCUUGUAUAUUAGAAGUUUGAUAUUGUUUGUUUUCGAAUUAUCAAAAAAAAUAUUUGUUUUAAAAUCAGAGUCAAGAACAAUUCAGUUUUUUUUAUUUGUUGUGGAAGGUCACCAUAAACAUUGAGAGCAAUUACAAAAAUGAAAGCAAUUUUAGUCAGGUUUAAUGAAAAAUAUUUUCCUGAUAAAAAAAUUAUACUCUGUAUUUUAAUUUUUGAAGAAUUUGUUUUAUGCAGUCAGAUUUUUUUUUUUAAAGUUCUUGUUAUAAUAGAUAUUAAUUGUUUAUCAUUUUUAUAAUUGUCUGAAAAAGUCCAGAAUCUGUGAUAUUUUUUGUUGCGUUUUACAUUUACCAAUUUAAAGACAACCAUCACUUCCUACAAGAAAAAUUAAUGAUAUUUCAAAUACUGAUAGAUUAUUUUGUAAAACUUAGGCAAGUUUUAUCUUAAACUUCAAACAUUUUUGUUUGUUCUUUCUGUAAAGACAUUACUUGAAUGUAACGUUGAAUGUGUUUUCAGGCAACUCUAUUUAUUUCUGUUGUGAAGUGAUAUAAAAUAGAGAUGAAAUCUGUUUGCGAGUUUUAUAUUAAGCCUUGCCAUCAUGUCCUUAGUAUAAUUGAACUAAAUGCUUACUGUGAUAAAAUUGUCUUUUGAAUAAAACUAUCUUUUACUG